AAAAAAAAAUAGUGAUUAAACUGCUUAAAUGUACCUCUGGAGGCAUUGAAAUGAUCUCUUGCAGUGCAGAAUGGUGCUUUGGAUUCCAGUCUGUUGCUGUAAUAACGAAUUGUCGUGUCGUUUUCAACGAAAUUGGCCCCGAUGGAGCAGCUGCUACCGCUGAUGAAGAUGAUCGGCUCUUUCCUAAAUGCUUACGCACCACCCGAAUCCCUGUAGGCAAGUUUCCCGAUGUGCCUUUCGGUGGAGGACCUAGGAUGUAUAUCCAAUUUUUUUGGUUACCUCCCCGGGAGAGGGGGGGGGGGGGGGGGGCUCUUAACGACGCAACACAAUCUUUCGAUCCUCUCCCACAUGGAUCUAUGGCACUGUUGUGGCCAUCUCUGCCUGAGACAAGCCAAUGCCUUCUGCAGUACAAUAAUGUUGGCUCACUUCUUAAUAUCCCAACAGUUUCGGUUCCAUACCUCUACUGUAAUUUCAUUGUUGCAAGUUUGGUCAAACUAUAA